GUCAUCGGGGCGGGGCGGCCGGAGGAGCGGGGAAGAAGGAGGCAUGGCGACCGUGAGGCGGGCCUUGCAUUUCGUCUUCAAAGUGGGCAACCGGCCCCUCACGGCGCGCUUCUACCGGGACCUGCUCGGAAUGAAGAUUCUGCGGCACGAGGAGUUUGAGGAGGGCUGCAAAGCAGCCUGUAACGGGCCUUAUGAUGGGAAGUGGAGUAAGACAAUGGUAGGCUAUGGGCCAGAAGACGAUCACUUUGUGGCAGAACUCACUUACAAUUAUGGCAUCGGCAACUAUAAGCUUGGGAACGACUUCAUGGGCCUCACCCUGGUGUCGAGUCAGGCCGUCAGCAACGCCCGGAGACUGGAGUGGCCACUCAGGGAGGUCUCAGAUGGGGUUUUUGAAGCUGAAGCCCCGGGAGGAUACAAAUUUUAUCUGCAAGACAGUGAGCAGCCUGAGGCGGACCCUGUGCUAAAAGUCACCCUGGGGGUGUCCAACCUGCAGAACUCCCUCAAUUACUGGGCCAACCUGCUGGGAAUGAAAGUUUACGAGAAGGAUGAUGACGAGCAAAGGGCUUUGCUGGGCUACGCAGACAACCAGUGUAAACUGGAGCUGCGGGGCAUCACGGGGCCGGUGGAUCACGGCACCGCUUUCGGGAGGAUCGCCUUCUCUUGCCCAAAGGACCAGUUACCAAAUAUUGAAGCCGUGAUGAAAAAGGAGAAUCAGAAGAUUCUAACUCCUCUAGUGAGUCUGGAUACGCCAGGAAAAGCCACCGUGCAAGUGGUUAUUCUGGCGGACCCCGACGGACAUGAAAUCUGCUUUGUGGGGGACGAAGCGUUUCGAGAGCUUUCCAGGGUGGAUCCCGGUGGAAGUCAACUGUUGGAUGACGCAAUGGCAGCAGACAAAAGUGAAGAAUGGUUUGCAAAAAACAAAAUGCAGAAGGCUUCCGCUUAGUGGCAGAUGGCCCAGGUGGACAAUUGCGCCUUAAUUCUGAACCUGGCUGAGCACCUGUGAGGCUUACAUUUUCCAUCCAUGACGUGGUCGCGUUCUGUUGUACCUUCAGGGUAGAUCGUUACAAUAAUGCGUGAUUAGGUGAUAAUUCCAUUCCAGCGCUUUAAAAAUCAGGGUUCCUUCAAAUCCCCAGGAGCUCGUGGUCCCCAAGCAUGAGAGGCUGUCGCUAAGGGAGGUGUAGAUUCUGUGGUCAUUCUUGGGUUUGGGACAAGAAAACCGAUGCACUGCAGAGGGGAAAUUGAAUUGAGGACUUAGUCUGCAGGAAUGUUAUUCUUGCCUGGAGGUGGCAAGAAUCUUUGGAUACAGCAGGUGUCGUGUCCAAGGUUUUGGAAUUGAAAUACCCAAUGUCUGGUCUCCCAGAGGGUCCCAUAUUCAAUCUUGCACAGUUAAUGAAACCACUGAAACCCCUGCAACCCAAAGCUGCUGAUGAACAGAAGGACUGUGAGCGAUUCAAGAGAAUAAAGUACUGGCCUUCCACCCAGGUGAAGCAUGGGAGGAGGUAAAAUAUGAACUCUUGUGCUUUCAGAUUAUUUGGAGCUGUCUCCUGCCCUGGCUUUAAAAACCAGAGUUUUUAAAGAUGGGUGGCCCAAAAACCGCUGAAAGAAUUCCCUGUUAGCCCUGUAAAGUAUUUCUGAUGGGGCAUAAGGCUUUUUCGUGUCAUAGACAUGUACACAGCUUAAAAGCAAGCACCUUUGAAUAUCAGGCGGGCAGGGUGUUGGGCGUGUAAAGCGGGUUUCCUCGGACAUGUACCCAGUCUGGAGAAGAGGCCUGGGUUCAGGGUGGAAAUGGCCCCUUGAUGGAAUAGAUCUAAAAGGAUAAAACCGGCCCCCGUUACCACAGACCCAUCCUUGAACUCUCCCUCCUCCCUCUCCCAGGGGGGAGUGGUAGAUUACAAGGACAAACUACACUAAUCCUUCUAAAAGUGAGUUAGUUACAAGACUCACAGUCCAGCAUCUUCUCAUUUUAACCAUAGAGAAAAGAGUUUUCACUCUGAUUUACAUCGAUGACAAACAAGAGCUGCAAAAUCUGGCAGCCUAAACUGCAUUAAUAACUCGGGAACUGAGAGAUUCAAAAUUAGUGUUCCUCUCAUUCCCAAACUGAUGGGCAUUGCUUCCUUGUUAUUGGGAGGGGGUCUGCAUUUCUUUCUCCACAGAAUUGGUUCUAGUGUUUGCUAACAGGUGCAGAAUUACUAAGCGUGAGCACAAAGCAAGUGGCCUCCUUAUCUGUCUCCCCGGUUCUUUCUGUAACCUGUAAAUUCUUCAUCUUUGAUGGGAUUAUGACUCUCAUUUCAUUCCAAAAGUUUUGUUCUAAAAUUUCAGAAUAAAGUCAUUUGUACCACAUAAUGUUUU